AUGUCAAAUAUGCCUGCCGAGAGCUCGGGAGUCUCCCUCUGGUCCCGAGUUCGUGAACUAGAAGGAGAUGCCCUCCGCCAAAUCCAAUCUCUCUACGACACCAAUUUCCCCAUCGAGUUUCGCCACUACUUUGCAGAAAUCAUUGAGCGCCAGCCAUGGGAUCAAAUCGACCCCGAUCAGGCAGCUGAUGAGUCUCAGGCGAAAUUCAUCCUUGACAACUUUCUUGGAGAAAUCAAUCGGCAGUGUGAGCUGCUUUCUGAUGGUGGGGACUUUUUGCAGCGACUCAGAUUUUCCGAAAUCGGUCAGCACUUUAAAAACGUUUACGGAAAUCACCCGAUGGAGCUGGUGAGGAUCGUUAAGAAAAUCCUCUCCAUCGAAACUCGCCUGGUCCAAGAAGCUACUGCGGCUAACAUGAACGGUCAGGACGAUGUGAAGCCAAGCACAGGGUCCGAGAAAAACGGAAAAAUCAACAAAGACUUGGAGCAUUUGUACGCGCUCACUCAAGAUGCCGAGUCCGAUUUGAGAAGAGAGAGGCGAUUUUCUGGCAGUUAG